GAAUAUAAGCAAUGAAUGGGCAAUAAGGAGGUUCAGCAUGAAUAAAGAAGCCCUAAUGAAGUGUGAUAAUUGCCAAAGAGAAAUCUUUGCUCUUUACGGAGUUUAUUGUGGUUCUUGCCACCGAAAACGAGCUAACCAGGCCUUCCAAGAAUCCCAAGAGCGGAUCCUAGAAACGGCUGUGGAGGGAAUAAAUAAGGCUAGCCAAAAAAGACUAGCCGAUUUUACGAACCAGGAAUUAAAGGCCGAAUUAUUAAGGCGAGCCGAGGAGGAACAAUUAAGGCUCUUGUUAAGCAUAAUCCUCAAUACAGCCUGGCAGGCUGUCAAUGGUCCCGAGCUCCCAGAAGAAAACGAACCAGAAAAGGAG